AGGCGACAUGACAAUGACGAACGCAGAAUCAACCUCUGGACCAGGACAGGAGAGCAUGGAUUCUUCUAAUGCCCAAGAUCGAUUACCGACCGCGCCGCAGAAAACUCGUGUAUCGCUAGCUUGCAAGAGGUUUCAACCUGAUACCAGCCAUGGUCAAAACCAAAACGUGCCAGAGGGCGAUAUGGCUGAACAGUAUCGUUCGCCUCAUUCGUCUCCAAUAGAUCUGAUGUCCGAUGAUACGGACUUCGUGGGAAGAACGUCCCUGGUAGGAGGCGUAGCUCAUCUGUCUCUAUGUGCUUCUGGUACAAUCGAUUCGCAGUCUGAACCGUACUACGUCGGAUCUAGCUCUGGCUCCAUGAUCGCACGGAUCAUUCAAGCCUCGAUAUCUGGACAUUCGAAAUCAAGGACAGUGAACGAAGCUGCAGCUUCUACAGAACAACAAAACCGAUCAGGAUCGAUACCGCCACCCCAAACAGUUCAAUCUGAUGAGAUUCCUCUUGGCUUUCCCGAGAUGCAGCAAGCUCGCAUGCUCUUUGAUAAGUUCUUCGAACGCAUUCACAGUCGCUGGCCCAUACUGGACCGCAGGAUCUACGAAGAUUUGUUUGCGAAGCAGUUUAUCUCCGAAGCUCUGACGGUUGUUGAGCGAAGUAUCUUCCACUUGAUAUAUGCUAUCACGGCUCGUUUCUUGUCGUUGACCAAAAGACUACAGACUGUCGACCCUGAGUUUCUAGUGCUCCUUGGUGUGCAUGGUCAAAGAUAUCCGUAUGGUGCUGGAGCCUGGUCUCAGAUUCGUUACGCUACCUCGAUUUGCAUCGAGAUGGGUCUACAUAGAAAGAGGUCGCACCCAGAAUCAGAGAAGCAAGCAAGAGAUGAGGAACUCCGUCGUAGGAUUUUCUGGUCUUGCUAUGGUCUAGAUCGCUCGACAAGCAUUGUGCUCGGUCGAGCUUUUGCAAUGNCUGACAGGGACAUUAAUGUGGAGCUUCCGAGUGCUGCCAGUCGGUUCUGGACGCUGACCCACAAAGAGAUUCGAGAUCCAACUCAAAGUGUUUGGUCUAAUGUUGAUCCUUUUAUACACAUCAUUAAGCUUGAUCGAAUUCAUUCAAGAAUCCAUAAGGUCGUGUUUCGGGCAGACAGAGAUGUCUUGAAGGGCACAGCCGAAAUACAAGCUAAGCGUGAUCGUAAGAUGGCAACCAUCAGGGCAGAUUUGGACAAGUGGAUCGAGAGCUACCCUCAGACACCUAAGAACGGAAACAAGACUACUUGGAUGUAUGAUCCGGAAAGCGCUUACCUGGACGCUAGAGACUUUUAUGGCACGUCAGACUCGCGUUUCCACGUUUGCGCUAGUUCGGCAGCCGCUGUCUGCACUGCGUACAAGCGACUUAACCAGAACAAGACUCCGACAUAUACUAUGAUCUCUCUGCAUUCAUGCUUUGUCGCCGGUCUAACCCUAAUCUACUGCAUCUGGCGAGAUCGAUCCCUGUUCUCCUACGAGAUCCUCGAGGCAACAAGAGACUGCUCACAAAGUUUGACCAUCUUUGGCGAAAAGUGGCCAGGUGCAGUCAAAUAUCGAGACGUGUUCGACGAGCUUUCGGGAAAUCUUCUCAAAAGCAUUGUCAAUCCAGGACCUUUGCGCCAGCCUUCUCUUGGAUCUUGCCAGAGUCUUGUCACUUCAGAGAAUGCCUCUGGCGUACAUAUUCAAGCACAGCAGACUCAGCAAGCGAUGUAUGGACAUACUGUGGUCCCUUCAGACAGACCUGCGAACGUCGUCAACACUCCCAUUAUUUCGGCCGCCAUCAGGGAAGCAUUCAUGGAGGUUGAUGAAGAGGCUCCAGGUGGUUGGCAGGGGUGGCGGAUGUGGAACGAAACGGUCAGUGACAACACUUCUCACGUGGUCGACCCGGACCCGGGAUACCGUGUACAUGGACAGACAUUUGCACAAGCGAGCUGGGAGGGCUAUGAAAAUGUAUACGCUGUGGAUCCUGUGCAAGAUGCGGUCAUGCACACGGAAAAUUAUGGCGCCAUGACUGAUGGUGAUUGGACCUACAGAGCA